UUUGAGUUGAGAAGGCAGAUUUCUUAUUGUGUUUUUUAUCCUAACCCUGAGUGUUUCUGCUUGUGUUGCAGAGUGCAGCUCUUGUCCCAGCCUGCAGGGGAGGGUCGUCAGGGUCGUCCAUUAAAGGUUUCUCCUUCAGCUCCUCCUUGCUUCCUCACCUCGGUCACGCUGUCAUUAAGCGACCCGGCUCCCGAGCCUUGACGGAAAAGCCUAACAAAAUGAAGAUCUGGGCGUCAGAGCACAUUUUCAACCACCCAUGGGAGACGGUGACCAAGGCGGCGAUGCAGAAAUACCCAAACCCCAUGAACCCUGGUGUGUUUGGUGUAGAUGUCCUUGACAGAAGUGUGGACAAAGAGGGACGGUUGCACAGCCACCGACUGCUCAGCACAGAGUGGGGCCUCCCAAGCAUGGCUAAGACUAUGUUCGGGGUAACAAGAACAUGCACUUAUGUUCAGGAACAUUCUGUGGUGGACCCCAAAGAAAAGAGCUUUGAGCUGAAAUCUACAAAUAUCUCCUUCACUAACCUUGUAUCUGUGGAUGAGAAGUUGACAUACAAGCCGCAUCCAGAGGAUCCUGAAAAGACGGUGCUGACACAGGAGGCUUUAAUCAGUGUGAAAGGUAUCAGUCUGAGCAGCUACCUCGAGGGUCUCAUGGCCAAGACCAUCUCCAUCAACGCCGGCAAGGGUCGGGAGGCCAUGGAGUGGGUGAUCAGAAGAUUAAACACAGAAAUCGAGGAGUUGGCAGCGACUGCUCGCGGUUCUAUACGUGCUCCAAUGGCAGCUGCUGUCACAGACAAAUGAUCCCGGCCCCUGCAGCUUUCCACAUUGCCAUCAUGAACCGGUGGACCUCUCUGACAUUUACUCUCACCUAACCUGCCAACAGCCUAGUAACCACAGCCUGACCCUUUGGCCCUAUGUGUGUGUGCGUGCGUGCGUGCGUGCGUGCGUGUGUGCGUGUGUGUGUGUGUGCGUGUGCCCGCUCUUCCCUCCUCAGCAGUCUGUGGUGGCAAGUUAGAUACUCGCUGCUGUGGGCAGUUAUGGAGAGAGUUGAGCUGAUGACAGUUAAACAAAAAAAAAAGAAACAGGGUUGAGUUGGACUGCACUUGAAGCUCAUAGGACUUAUUCUUGUAAUGUUAAAGCUCUUUAAAAAUCACACUGUGCCUCCAUGUCAUCUCAUCAAUUUAUUUUCUGUCUUCCUCCCCUUUUUCUUCUAUCUCUUAUUAUUGUUUCCUAACCCUUGCUAGUUUAGUACUUAAAUAGUAAAAGCUUAAAUUAAGUCAUUUUUCUAGAUUUGGAUUGGAGUAGCUUACUUUGUAGAGCAGAACAGACCAAAAUAUCUCAGAAAUGAAAACCCACCAAAGCAGACAGACUAACAGAGUAAAAAGUAACACAGAUACUGCUUUCUUGUCGUGUGACAUCAAAACUGUAGGCUUUUAUUCCCACUGGCCUGAGUCUGUUUUUUUUUUGCCCCCUCUGGACUUUCUCACAGAUAUAUUUGAGACUAUGCAGCUCAUAGGAAGCAGAUCUCUUGUCUGACAACCAGAUCUGCGUUAAGGUUACGUGCCCAGUUUGUGGGUAUACUUGCAUGGUGCUGUAUGGUAUAGGUUUGUUAUUUGUCAAACUGUCAUAGCAGUUUAAAUAAAUUAGGUUUCCUUUCGUUUUGAUGCAGAUCUGUCUGUUAGAGCUGUCGGCAUGGUGGACUGGUCUUAGGAUGUUCUGGUCUUGUUCUUGGUACAGGUCUCUUAUUUCCUAAAGUCUUUCUUGCCUCUGUUAGUAUAUUCUCUUACGAUGAUGUGCUGUAUAGGUGCGUGUUACAGUAUAAAUAUUUGAGAACUUGAAUGUCUAACUUAUUUUCAGCAUGUGUAAUUAAAUACACUUAAAAAUCGUCGAGAACAGAGCUGUCAAAAUGAGUAUAUGAGGACUGAUCAAAUAUCCGCAGUGUUUAUAAUGUUUGUGAACGUUCAGAAGGCGCUCUGCAGGGUUACGUUCAGGAUCACGGAGUGUGCCAGCAUAAUAUGUGAAGAUAAAAAAAAAACUCCACCCAUUUAAUACCCAAAAUCAUUUCAACUGCGAACGACCCCACUGUGUAUACUCUGUCCAAUUAUUUCAUACCAUCUAUAGAUACUGUUAUUUAUAGUACAUUUGUAUUAGUGAACAUUGACAAAGGCUGUUGAAUUGAUUUUAAAAGCUUGUCGUGUUUAUGCACAAUCCUUCCCAUAUUUAUCCCAUAGCAGACUCUCAGGUGCUACAGAGUUCAGUUUCCCUGUUUGCUUCCUUUGAGGACCACACUGAGAUGAAGGCGCCAUAAUAACUUUGUAACUCUUUGUGCGUUCUUCCCUUUUCUUCUCUAGACAUUUUAACAAGGAUAGUUCUACAAAAGCUCAACUGAGAAAAACAGUUAUUUUAUUAUAUCUGUUGAUGGAGCUCUACAUCAAAGGUCAGUCGAUGUCCCAGUUACUUAAUUAAAUCUCCCUUUAUCCACAGAAGGUCAGUCUUUUUGUCACACCUGCUCCUUUCUAAGAGCUUCUUCAUAACUAACUCCUGUUUGAAUCAGCCAGUCCUUAUCCUCAACAGUGUCUACUGAAGUGUGAUGUGUUUCUACAGGGAACAUUUUAGGAACAGAGGCUGUACAUAGGCUUUUAUUUAUAUUUUGGUGGUGUUACAUUCCAAGAAUGUGAACAUGUAACGGAAUCUAAAGAAAUGUUUCAAAAUAAAGAGAUGUCAUUGUUUCAUGAA